AUGGCGGACAAGGGCAAGCCCGAGGACUUUGUCCACCAGGUAGCCAUCGAGCUGUCGCGGAUGAUGAACCUCGUGAAUCCGAAUGACACGCUCGCGCAGCGUGUCGUCGAGAUUGCGCGCGGCAAUAGGUCCGGCACGGCGUUUGUGAAUGCGAUGUCGACGUUCGGCAAGUUCAGCGAUGAAGCGCUCUUGACACUGCACCAGCGUAUUCUGGCGCACGAAGCCCUCAUAGCGUCCCGCUCCCAACUGGACAAGGUGGAAGGGAUGGACCACGACUCUGGCGACGUGCUUGCUGCCGAGGCGCCGCGACGCGGUGGGUUGCGACAAGGCUCCGGGCCGCAGUUUAAGGCGCCGGCACCGGUCGCGCGCGAAUCACGACUGGGCCUCGACAAGCUGGCAGCACAGAAGCGCGCCGAGGCCGGAGAGCCGCCCAGCAAGCGCGCCAAAGUUGAGUCGGGCCGGGAGGAGGAGAACGGAGGAGUGUUCAAGGUUCCCGCUGUACCGGUUCGGCGGGAGGCGCGGCGUGUCAAGCCCGAAGAGACGCCGAGUCAUGGCGGUGGGAUCUCAGACUCGGCGAAAGCACGGUUGGAAGAGUACCGCCGUAAUCGGAAUAAGCCGAGUACCGCUGUGUCGGCGAGCAAUGAGCGGAGGGAGCGCGGGGGAUUGGGCGACUUCCAGGGGCGCGCAAACCGGGGUUCGUACAACGACGGGCGCGAUCGUGAGCGAGACCGGAGGGACGACCGCGACAGAUGGCGCGAUGACCGGCGUGACGACCGUAGGGACGACCGUAGGGACGACCGCCGUGGAGGCAAGAGCUGGGAUGCUGCGCCAACACCGCGCACCUCGCGCCCAGAUCGCGACGGCGAUGGGAGCCUGCGCGUGCCGAACCGCGGGUGGGACGAGACACCGGGUCGUCCCGGUUGGGGCCGCAGCAAGCGGAGCUGGGACGAGACACCUGGGCGCAAGAGCCGGCCUGACAGCCCCGAGUUCGAGGUCGACGCCAAGGAAUGGGAGGAGGAGCAGGUCCGCAUCGACCGCGACUGGUACUCUUACGACGACGAGGGUGCUGUGGCGGGCGAUGACGAGCACAACCCGUUCGCUCAGUGGAGUACGCUCGAGCAGUCGAAGGAGGCCGAGAUGCAGCAGAAGGUCGCGAAGCGGCAGACGGCGCGGCAGGCGCAGUACAGUGCCGACAACGACAAGUGGGAGAACAACCGCAUGCUGACUUCGGGCGUCAUCCAAGCCGGCGACCUCGAUCAGGACUUUGAGGACGACGCCGACAGCAAGGUGCACGUUUUGGCGCACGACAUGAAGCCGCCCUUCUUGGACGGGAGCAGUAUCUACACGCGCCAGCUGGAGCCUGUCAGCGCCGUGCGCGACCCUACGUCAGACAUGGCCGUGUUCUCUCGCAAGGGUAGCGCGCUGGUCCGUGAGCGCCGAGAGCGACAGGAGCGCGAGAAGGCGGCCGCUAAGGCUGCGAGCAUGGCCGGCACGACACUCGGCAAUAUCAUGGGCGUCAAGGACGAGCCGGACCUCGGUGCUGAGGGUCAGAAGGACACGGUGGACGAGAACACCAGUUACAAGGCCGGCUCGCAGUUCGCCACCCACCUCAAGAAACAGGAGGGCGCGAGUGACUUUGCGCGCACGCGUACACUCAAGGAGCAGCGCGAGUACCUCCCCGCCUUUGCUGUGCGGGAAGAGCUGAUGCGCACACUGCGCGACAAUCAGGUGACGGUUGUGAUUGGCGAGACGGGUUCGGGCAAGACGACACAGCUCGCCCAGUUUCUCUACGAGGAGGGGUACUGUCAGAACGGGAUGAUCUGCUGUACGCAGCCGCGCCGUGUCGCGGCCAUGAGUGUCGCCAAGCGUGUCAGCGAGGAGAUGGAGUGCGAACUUGGCGGGCUGGUGGGAUACUCGAUCCGUUUCGAAGACGUGACUUCCAAGGCGACGCGGAUCAAGUACAUGACGGACGGCAUCCUGUUGCGCGAGUCCCUCACGGACCAGGACCUCGACGGGUACAGCGUCAUCAUCCUCGACGAGGCUCACGAGCGCUCGCUUAGUACCGACAUUAUCAUGGGGUUGCUGCGGAAGAUCAUCACGCGCCGCCGCGACCUGAAGCUGAUCGUCACCUCGGCCACCAUGAACGCGGAAAAGUUCUCCGAUUUCUUUGGCAACGCCGCACAGUUCACCAUUCCUGGGCGCACGUUCCCGGUCGAGGUCUUCCACUCCAAAUCGCCAUGCGAGGACUACGUUGAUAGCGCCGUCAAGCAGGUGCUCCAGAUCCACCUGACGAGUCCCAAGGGCGACGUCCUCGUCUUCAUGACGGGUCAAGAAGACAUUGAAGCCACAUGUUCGGUGAUUGAAGAACGGCUCGAGCAGCUCGACGACCCACAGCCGCUUGCGGUAUUGCCAAUCUACUCGCAAAUGCCGGCCGAUCUGCAGGCUAAGAUCUUCCAGCCCACCUCUGACGGACGGCGCAAGGUCAUCGUGGCUACCAACAUCGCCGAGACGUCGCUCACCGUCGACGGUAUCCUGUAUGUUGUGGACGGGGGAUACGCCAAGGUUAAGGUGUACAACCCCAAGGUGGGAAUGGACGCGCUGCAGAUCACGCCGAUCUCGCAGGCCAACGCUGGUCAACGUACUGGUCGUGCCGGGCGUACUGGUCCUGGCUACUGCUACCGGCUGUACACGGAGACAGCGUACCUGAACGAGCUGCUGCCGAACAACAUCCCCGAAAUCCAGCGCACCAACCUUGCCAACACUGUGCUCCUCCUUAAGACGCUCGGAGUGAAGAACCUCCUCGAGUUCGAUUUCAUGGAUCCCCCGCCGCAAGACAACAUCAUCCAAUCCAUGUGGCAGCUGUGGUACAUGGGUGCGCUCGACAAUCUCGGCGACCUCACGGACGAGGGCAAGGCGAUGAGCAACUUCCCAAUGGAUCCCGCGCUAGGCAAGAUGCUCAUCGUGGCCGAGAAGAACGGGUGCAGUGCCGAGAUGCUCACGAUUGUGAGCAUGCUCAGCGUUCCGUCCGUGUUCUACCGUCCCCCCCAGAGGGCGGACGAGAGUGAUGCUGCGCGAGAGAAAUUCUUCGUUCCAGAAUCAGACCACCUCACCCUCCUGCACGUUUACACGCAAUGGAAGAACAACGGGUUCAGCGAUCACUGGUGCAUGAAGCACUUUCUGCAUCCCAAGAUUCUGCGCAAGGCGCGCGAAGUCCGCGGCCAGCUCGAGGACAUUAUGAAGACGCAGAAGAUGCGGGUUCUGUCCUGCGGCACAGAUUGGGAUAUUGUGCGAAAAUGCAUUACAGCAGGAUACUUCCACCAAGCGGCGCGAGUCAAGAACCUCGGCGAAUACGUAAACAUCCGACAAGGUACCCCCUGCGUCCUUCACCCCACGAGUGCGCUCUACGGCCUCGGAUACAUGCCCGACUAUGUCGUGUAUCACGAGCUGGUCCUCACCUCGAAACAGUACAUGAUGUGCGUGACCAGUGUCGAUCCGUACUGGCUCGCCGAGUUGGGUGGCGUCUUCUUCUCCAUUCGCGAACGUAACUUUGACGGAUUGCAGCGGGCACGUGCGGCUCAGGAUUUUAAUAAGAAGACUGAGCUGCUUGCCAAGAUGGCUGAGCAGAGGGAGGAACUGGAGCGCAAAAAGGCCGACGAGUUGCGCGCCGAGGCUGUUGCGCGGACACCAAAGAUUGGCGGCGUGACCCCACGCCAUGCGGCCACGCCCCGGUCGGCGGGGAUCGGCGCCGGCACGCGCCUCAACCGGUCCAGCGCGACGCCGCGGAGGCGCGGAGGCGGCAUCUAA